GAUCAACACGUGGUCGAUUUCUAACCUCCUCCUUCCUUUCUUUUUUUACGCCUGGAAAUUGAAACAACGGAGGACUCAGAUAAUCUUAAAUCUUGCAGAAGUAAUCGGAAACCGACCCGGUUCCGACGAUUCUGAAGGAAUUUUUUUAUGGCGGCGAACCCCAGAGAAUCUAGACGCCGGCGGAUCCUGGAGCGAGGUUCCGACCGUUUGGCCCUAAUCACCGGUCAGAUCCAGUCCCUUCCCUCUCCCUCUCCCUCUCCCUCGCCUUACGCUGGAACUGAGGAUUCAUCAACCCAGCCGUUGAUUUCUGAUCGUCAGGAUCUCCAACCUCGUAUUUCCGAUCAACACACCGUUUCUGAUGAAAAGGGCAAGCUGGUAGGUUCUACAUUGCAACAUAAGGAUCCUCAGAUCGAUGCUAGGUCUUCUGCAUAUCAUGGAACCAGUUCGGCUCCUCUUUCGAGCAAACAUAAGGCGGUAGAAACUGCAGUAGCUUCUACUCAAGAAGAUGUUGGAAAAGCACCGCCCCGUCUCGCCCGAUCUGAAGGUCAAAAUUCAUCUCUUUCUACAUUGGGCAGAGAUCAAUGCUACAAUCCAAAAUUGCCACCCGUCACUUCCUUCUCUUUAAAUGAAUUAAGUUCAGCCAUUUCUGAAUCUGAGAUGACCCGCCUUUGCUUUUCGGCUACUAUAGCCUUUCUAGUAGUUGCAUCAUAUGUAGGAUUUCCUUUCUUAGGCCAGAGUCUUACGAGAAUCGGUUUUGGAUCUAGACCCCUCUAUCUUCUCUUGCUCACUAAUGUAACAGUUGUACUUGGUAGGCUUCUUUUCACCAAAAAGAAGGGUUUUAGAGGGCCUCAUAGAGGAGAUGGUCAAGUAACUCCACUUGUAGGACAAAGUUCAAUUGAACAAAUUGGUAAGGUUUUAGAGGCAGGUUUAUUGGUUCAGAAGGCAAUGGGAGCAAUUUUCAUGGACUGCAGUGUGUUUGCAGUAAUCGUCGUAUCGGGACUUUCGUUUGUGCAGCAGCUUUAGAUCCAGUGUUAAUGUCUCAUUGUUUCGUUUCUUUUCUUUUUUUUCUCGCUUGUGCAGCAGCUUUAGAUCCAGUGUUAAUGUCUCGUUGUUUCGUUUCUUUUCUUUUUUUUCUCUCAGUUUCACACUUGUUCUGAAAAUUUUGUAAAUUUGAUGUGUCAAUUGUGCUUUUUAAAUCUUGGUUUGAUAACCCUUUUGCAUGGAACCAAAAAGCCAUUUUGCUAUGGUUGAUGUGAGAUUCUUCAGAUUUGAGUUGGACACCUAGUCAGUUAAGGUGGUGACUUGCAAAUAGAAUAUUGCACCCGUGGUGUUCUGCCGCGUACAUCUCAAAGUUUAAGUUAGUACUUAAAUUAGUACUUAUUUUGAGUUGUUAUCGAGUUUCAAGUAAAAGUUGUGUACCUUUGUAAAGAAUAGAUCCUAUCUUUCAUAAGAGUAACUUUCUGUCUCGUCAAUAUAGACAAUUCAUACCUGCCAGCCAGCGAAUUAUACGUUGGUAGCAUCCCUGCGACCAAGGGAGUGUCGAGCUAAGCUCUUGCUUGGUUAGUUGGGGUGAAUUUUGCCUAGCCCUCCCUUGAAUAUGUGUCUCCAGGCAAUAGAGCCGUGAGUUAGUCAUAAUUGCUAUCAAAUGGUUCUAACUCUGGGAUAUUUAACCAA